AUGCACCCGGCGGGGGAGCUAGUCCCGGGGGGGCCGUCUCCAUCGGACCUCAACUCCUCCUUACCGCUGCUGAACGAGUCCUCCUGCUCCGGUUGCUUUAACGGCUCGGCGGGACCUCAGAGCCCCCCAUGGCUGGUGGACGCGUGGCUGGUGCCGCUCUUCUUCGCCGUGCUCAUGGUGGUAGGGCUGGCCGGCAACUCUCUGGUCAUCUACGUGAUCUCCAAGCAGAAGCAGAUGAGGACGGUCACCAACUUCUACAUCGCAAAUCUGGCCACUACUGACAUCAUCUUCUUGGUGUGCUGCGUCCCCUUCACCGCCAUGCUCUACCCCCUGCCCAGCUGGAUCUUCGGGGAAUUCAUGUGCAAGUUUGUCAAUUACAUCCAGCAGGUGUCUGUGCAGGCCACCUGCGCCACCUUGACUGCCAUGAGCGUGGACCGCUGGUAUGUGACCGUGUUCCCUUUGCGUUCCCUGCGCCAGCGCACCCCACGGGUGGCUGUUGCCGUUAGCCUGGGCAUCUGGAUCGGUUCCUUCAUUGUGUCCUCACCGGUGCCCGUCUACAACCAACUCACUGAGGGCUACUGGUUUGGGCCACAGACCUACUGCAUCGAGUCCUUUCCGUCGCCAUUAUACGAGAAAGCUUUCAUCCUCUACAACUUCCUCAUCGUCUACCUGCUGCCCCUGCUCACCAUCUGUAUCUGCUAUGCAGCAAUGCUCUACCAGAUGGGUAGGCCCACUGUGGACCCGGGUGAUAACAACUACCAGGUGCAGCUGCUGGCGGAGCGCUCGGAGGCCAUGCGAGCCAAGAUCUCCCGCAUGGUGGCUGUUGUCGUGGCCCUGUUUACACUGUGCUGGGGCCCCAUCCAGCUCUACAUCCUGUUCCAGGCCUUUAGCCCCAGCUUCCAGCGGAACUACUACACCUAUAAGGUGAAGAUCUGGGCCCACUGCAUGUCCUACACCAAUUCCUCCAUCAACCCCAUCGUCUAUGCCUUCAUGGGAGCCAAUUUCCGCAAGGCCUUCAAAAAGGUCUUCCCCUUCAUCUUCAAGCAGCGUGUGGGCAGCACUGGCCCCCCCAAUGCCCGCCUCAACACCGAGAUGCAUUUUGUGUCGUCGGGGCUCCCGAGGGGCUCUUUGCGGAGAACCGCCCCUCUCGUGGCUGCCCAGCCCCCACAAAGCGCUGAGUAAAAUCCAGCUUGGGAGGAGACAGAUGAAGAGUCUGGCAGUGGUUUUGAAGGUGGAGUGAAGCUGGAUGUGGGUAACGGUUUAAGGGGGUGGGGUUGGCCUAUC